GGCAAAGCAGCUGCGGCACGGCCCUGCUGCUGUGCGGUUACUUCUGUGCACGCUGAAUUAUCAUCGCUGACACACCGUAAUACGCACGCAUCGCUGCGCAAGCAGACGCCGUCGCAGACGCCGCCACGCACAACACAACAGAGAGCACCAAGCAGCGAGACGAUGGCCGAGGGCACGGAGAUCUUCGUGAGGAACGACAAGGGCACGGAAUAUGUGGGAACGGUCUCAUGUGAAACGGCACCGUUACCACCUUCCCUAGUCUUUACGGACUACACGCGCGAGCCGACCGUGCUAGACGGCACGCAAGACCCGAAGCACCCGGCCUGGGCCGCACGAAAAGCGUCGCUCCAGGAGACGAAGGAGGGCGUUUCUAAAUUUGUCGGGUUUCUCCGAGGGCGGAAGAAGGCGGCCAUAGCACAGUUGGAUAGUAUGGUCGUCGCGCUCCUGCCUUCCGAGACCCUGGAGAUCGCCUGCUUCUUCGACGAGAAUGCUUCGCAGAAGAGACCGCGGGACGACGAGAGCGACGUGGGCUUCGGGGCCUUUCCUUCAUUUGACGUCGUCGAUGACAAUGCGAGGAAAGCCUUCUCUGCACAAUUGCCGCUCUGGAACAAGAAGACGGCGCGGCGCGACCAUAGCGAAGCCAUGGUGUUUAGGGAUGAUAAAGGUGGCGCAGUCUUCUUCCAGGACGCGCGACGACGGUACGAGUUCUUUUGUGGAGAAAAAGGGCUGCUGUUGUUGAGUGGCUUGCUAGCUAGGACGGCUCUGGUCCUGAAAAAGAACGAGGAGGAACUGAAGAAGCUCGGUCCGAAGGCCGCCGCAAUUGUCGAGGAAGGUCGGCGCAUCUACGGCGAGAAGCCGUCCUUACGCAAGUUCGGCUCCGAGGCCGAAGGCAAGAACGUGACCUGGUCCGACGGCGAGUACGCCCACGUGGGGUUGCAGACGCAGUAUCUCAAAUUGAAAUCACUGCAUUACACAGCGUCCGUUUCCGUCGCCUCGAUGGCGUGAGGUGGGCGCUGUCCGUACGCCGUCGCCGCGACGUACUUAGAAAUGGGAGCGUCGUCGCGUCGACGGCGUAGAGCGGAGCGAGAGCAUCGAUGGCAACGCCGCUUAGCCGGACGCACUCGCAACGCAGGCAGCGCUUCACGGAGACGUACAACCUGUGUGCGCGGGCCUGCGACGCCGACGCCGGCGUUCAACAACUUCUCUGCACCUCGUCUCGGUUGAGAUGCGCGUCGCUGGGCGGCGGCCCCGCGUUCGAGCUCGACGCGGUCCGCGAGUUCUGCAGAGCGAAAAACGACAGUGUAGAGUUCGCGUUCUACUCGCUAGACCUGCAGCCGGGCUGGCGGCCCUACGCCGAAGCGUUAGGGUGUCAUUUCGUCGCACCCUUUGACGUGUCAAAAAUAACACCUAGAGAUGUGGUGCAAGCCUGCCAGGGUCCCAUCGACAUCUUGGUCAUUUCUUAUUUAUUUAUCUACUGCACGACGCCCAGGACCGCGGAUUUAUUGCAGCAUUUGCUGGUCAAGGGUCUGGUCAAGUGCCUAUUUGUCUCGGAGCGGACGCACGACCAGGACAUCGUCCAGCUGCUCGUGGAGCGCGGGUUAAGUGUGACGCCUUUGAUGCCGCAGUCGGGCGGCAAGGACCAGCGCCAGCUGCUCGUCCUGGACCGGUCCCGGGUCCAGGCGACGAACGCGACUUCGUUGGAUGAAGACUCGGCGUUCCCCAACGUGCCCUUCGCGCGGGGCACCUAGGACUACUAAGUU